AAUUUUAGGCCUGCCCACUCAGUGUUCAUUUCUGAUCAGCAUUUUCGCCAAAAACCCGCCAUUCAUUCCCACCCUUUUACUCUAGUCCCUCCAAAUUCCCUCUGUGACGCCAACCGCUCACAUUGCAACCAUACGCUUUCUUUAUUCUUGCCCUCUUUGCUAGGGUUUCAUCUAUUGGUCUCCAUUUCCAUUCCAUUGCCGGAGAGCUCAAUGGUCACUCCAAAGGAACUCCUAUCCACACUCGAAUCAGCACUUCUCGGCCCCUCGCAUCCUUCUGCCGCUCAGAGGGUCGAGCUCUUGCAUGCGAUUCGCAGCUUACUUCCCUCUUUUCGUUCUCUCCUCUCCUAUCCGCCUCCAAAGCCCUCUGAUCGAAGUCAAGUACAAUCAAAAUCAGUUAGACUUCCGGAUUCUCCGCCUCUCUCUCUCGAUGAACAGGAUGUACAGAUUGCUCUCAAGUUGAGUGAUGACCUCCAUCUCAAUGAAAUUGACUGUGUUCGAUUGCUUGUUUUGGCUAAUCAAGAGUGGGGUUUAAUGGGAAGAGAACCGCUAGAAAUUGUGCGCCUUGCAUCAGGACUCUGGUAUACUGAAAGAAGGGAUUUAAUAACAUCUCUCCAUUUGCUGUUUAGGGCUGUGGUUCUUGAUCAAGGCUUGGAAGAAGAUUUAUUGUCUGACAUUCAGAAAUACUUGGAAGAUCUCAUAAACUCUGGACUUAGACAACGUUUCAUAUCUCUAAUUAAGGAACUUAAAAGAGAAGAACCAUCUGGCUUGGGUGGACCUCUGUCUGAGCGCUACCUUCUUGAUUCAAGAGGUUCCCUUGUGGAGCGGCGAGCUGUGGUUUCAAGAGAAAGACUUAUACUUGGACAUUGUCUUGUCCUUUCUGUUUUGAUUGUUCGGAUGAGUUCGAAGGAUGUAAAAGAUAUCUUUUCUGCUUUAAAAGAUAGUGCUUCCGAAGUCGGUGAGAAAAAUGAUACUGUCAAUCAUCAGAUAACCUUUAGUCUUUUCUUUUCUCUUGUGAUUGCAUUCGUCUCAGAUGGUUUAAGUACUGUGCCUGAUAAAGCAUCUAUCCUUUCCUCUGAUGCUUCCUUCAGACGAGAAUUCAAUGAAAUUGUAAUGGCUGCUGGAAACAAUCCAAUGGUUGAGGGCUUUGUUGGUGGCAUUAGGCUUGCUUGGGUGGUACAUUUGAUGUUAAUACUAGAUAGAAUUGCUUCAAGGGAGUCGAUUUCAAGCAGUUCAUCAAAUGAAAUGGGUUAUCUUAGUCAAGGCUUGGAUGUCAUUUUCUCAGAAAAUGUCUUUCAGUUUUUACUGGAUAAAGUUCUUCGUACUGCAGCCUACCAGAAUGAUGAUGAGGAUAUGAUUUAUAUGUUCAAUGCUUAUCUUCACAAGUUGAUUACUUGCUUCUUGUCUAAUCCACAUGCCAGAGACAAGCAGAUAAAAGAAUCCAAGGACAGGGCCAUGAGUAUGCUUAGUCCAUAUCGUGUUGGUGGAUCACAUGAUUUUGUGCAGGAGCAGAGCUCAAGUUCUCUGCAGGGCACUGAAGCCAGCCCAACACCAUUUGUUUCCAUCUUGGAGUUUGUUAGUGAAAUUUAUCAGAAAGAACCAGAGCUCUUGUCUGGAAAUGAGGUUUUAUGGACAUUUGUAACUUUUUCUGGAGAGGACCAUACAAAUUUUCAAACGCUUGUGGCUUUCCUGAAUAUGCUGAGCACCUUGGCGUUGAGUCAGGAAGGUGCCUCAAAAGUUUAUGAGUUACUGCGAGGGAACGCAUUCCGUUCAAUUGGGUGGAGCACUUUGUUUGAAUGCUUAGCAAUCUAUGAUGAGAAAUUUAAACAGUCCCUUCAGACUGCUGGGGCAAUGUUGCCUGAAAUUCAGGAGGGGGAUGCAAAAGCUCUUGUGGCAUAUUUGAAUGUUCUUAUGAAGGUUGUGGAAUAUGGGAACCCUAUUGAAAGGAAAAAUUGGUUUCCUGAUAUUGAGCCAUUGUUCAAGCUUCUUAGUUAUGAAAGUGUGCCUCCUUAUCUGAAGGGUGCUUUGAGGAAUACAAUAGCUACAUUUGUUCGUGUUUCUCCAUUAUUGAAAGAUAGCAUUUGGACCUAUCUUGAGCAAUAUGAUCUACCUGUAGUUGUUGGGCCUCAUUUACAGGAUGGUCCACAACUUAUGGCUACUCAGCUUUAUGACAUGCAAUUUGAAUUGAACGAAAUAGAAGCAAGGAGAGAACAAUAUCCUUCGAUUGUAUCUUUCAUUAACUUGAUAAAUACUCUUGUUGCUGGAGAGAAAGACACGAGCGAUAGAGGGCAAAGAUUUAUUGGCAUCUUUAGGUUCAUCUAUGACCAUGUUUUUGGGCCAUUCCCUCAAAGAGCUUAUGCAGAUCCUUGUGAGAAAUGGCAGUUGGUUGGUGCUUGCCUUAGACAUUUCCACAUGAUGCUAAGCAUGUAUGACAUCAAGGAUGAGGACAUUGAAGGCGUAGUUGAUCAAUCACGACUUUUAACUGCUAAUGAAUCAUCAUCACUUCAGACACAGCUCCCUGUUUUAGAGUUGAUAAAAGAUUUUAUGAGUGGUAAGACUGCUUUCCGAAACAUCAUGGGUAUUCUUCUGACAGGGGUGAAUUCAAUUAUAGCUGAAAGGAGUAGUCAAAUAUAUGGGCAGCUUCUAGAGAAUGUAGUGCAACUUUCUUUGGAAAUUUUAGUACUUGCCCUCGAGAAGGAUUUACUUCUUUCUGAUUAUUGGCGACCUCUAUACCAAGUAAGGUUUUCACUUUUCUAAAUAUGCUAGUCAACA